AAACGGGGCGAAAUAUUAAGGUGCGUACAGACAUGCAACAGAACGCCGUAACGUAACUUCACCGCGUAACAAGUACGCGACAUAUCUGGACCGUACUCUGCAACAUCGUAGCAGUACAGCAACCGCGUAACACCGUAACAUCGCAGCGUCCCAUCGGUUGUCGGUAAAUCGACACCGCAUCAAAGAAAUGUUCGCGGCGAUGUUGCACUUGAUUUUUUUAGUCUGGACGUGCUUGCGAACCCGGUGCCGUUGUUUUGGUUUUGCCCUUUUGUAUUUCCACUAUUUCCAGUCAAAUUCAGUUGCUAUUUUGAUUUCGAUAGAAAUGGAGUGGACGGAAGACAGUGUGCUUGAGUUUAUCGAAAUUUAUAGAGGGAAGGAAAUUUUAUGGAAUAACAAACAUCCCAGAUAUUUUAAUAAAAUUCAGAAAAAUGAUGCGUGGGAAGAUGUCGCAAGAAGUGUAGGUGCUACGAUUGACGAGUGCAAGAAGAAAAUUAGUGCGUUGCAGUCAGCGCUGAGGCGGGAAAAGUCAAAAAUUAAAAAAAGCAUGGGCACCGGAACAGAACUUUUUAUUUGGUUGCAGAUUGAUAAAGAAACAGACGAAAGUAAUGAUGUAGAUGAUGAUACCGCUUUGCAAGAUAUGAAUCCGGACUCUGAGGAGCCCCAGAAGACUAACGACAUACAAGAGCCUGACGAGACUGAAGAGCAUCAUGAGAUUCAGAAGCCUCACGGGACUCAGCAGUCUCACGAGACUCAUGAGCUUCGCGUGACCCAGGAGCCCAACGAGUCUCAGCAGACUCCAAAGACUCGGAUUAGAGUCAGUAACAAGGAAAGAAAACCCCCUCAGAUGACUCAUAGUAUCCCGAACAAAAAACGUGCAGUUGAAAAAUUGGAUGCUGCUUUCGAAAUUCUAACAAAGGCAUCGAAUAAGGAACCACCGCAGGAUCCAAGCGAAUGUCAAAUAUUUGGAAAUCUUGUAGCCAAGAAACUUAGUAAAUAUUCGAACGUAGCACAAACGGCAGUACAAGAAGCCAUCAUGAAUAUUUUAUUUGCGGCAGACAAGGGGGGCCUCUGGAAUGUUCCAUUCAUCAACAACGCCUACCUGAUCAACUCGACCCUCCUGAAACAAUACUCCAAAGCUCAAUUGACUCACAAUCUACCGAACAUCGACUCAGACAUGGCAUUUUGUCGCAACCUACGCGAACUAAAUGUCUUCAUGUACGUAUCCAACCGAGUAGAUUUUGGCCAUUUGAUCAACGCUGAUACCUAUGAUGUUACAAGAACCGAACCAGAUAUGUAUCAGAUUUUUGAGAACGAACAAGACUGGGAGGAGGCCUACAUUAGACCCGAUUAUCCAGAAACUUUUAAUCCAGACAAAAAACCUUUGCAACCAUGUCCUGAUGUGUAUUGGUUGCCUAUUGUAACCAAAAAAUUCUGUAAAUCUUUAAUAAGCAUGAUGGAAAGUUUUGGUAAGUGGUCUUCCGGUAGAAACGAAGACGAAAGGCUUCAAGGAGGCUAUGAAGCAGUCCCUACUAGAGACAUUCACAUGAACCAAGUAGGCUGGGAACGACACUGGUUGCACUUUUUGCAAAAAUAUGUCAGACCUUUACAAGAAUAUAUUUUCACUGGAUACUUCCAUGACCCACCAAAUAGUUUAAUGAACUUUGUAGUGAGAUACAGGCCUGAUGAGCAACCUUCAUUAAGGCCUCAUCACGAUAGCUCAACUUAUACAAUCAAUAUUGCCUUGAAUGAAGCUGGCAAGGACUAUCAAGGAGGCGGUUGCAGGUUUAUCAGGUAUAAUUGUAGCGUGACUGAUACGCAAAUGGGUUGGAUGUUGAUGCAUCCUGGUAGGCUGACGCAUUACCAUGAAGGCUUGAGAGUGACCAAUGGUACUCGGUAUAUUAUGAUUUCUUUUGUUGAUCCAUAAUUUUUAGGAAUCUCAAACUAAGUUUAAUUAUUUUUUUUGCUUCACCUGCCAGUGUUAAUAAUAAUAAUUGUGGUUUCUUUUUUUUUGGACAAUAAUGUCUCAGCAAUAAUCCUCUAAUUGAUUCCUAUAAUGCGAUUUUAAUUUGUUAAUUUUUUCUUAUAUUAUAAGAUGCGUGUUAUAUGUGUGUGUUCGUUAGACUUUAAGGAAUUUUAUACUAAAACUGCAAUAAUUUGUAUAGGUUUAAUUUUAUAGCCAGUAACAUUAUAUUGCCUUAUUUAGUAGACUUUUGUAUUGAAAAGUGAAAAUGUUUUUGACUUAUUUGUGUUUUUUUUUU